AAGGGGAGGAGACAGGGGAGGGCUUGUGCUCAAUUUGUCAGCUUACUGAAACGUUGUGCCAGAGCAUUUUUCAUCAUGUAAAUGCACUGAGGAGAGAGAGAGGGAGAGAAAGGAAAGGGGAGGUAAGGAGGGCAGCAGAAAAAUACUGUGUCUUAGAGCUGUGAGGCAGAAGUGAUGGACUCAGCACUCAGAAAGUGACAUUCUUCUCCUACCGGGCUACAGAAAGCACACUGACCUCUCACUGUCUCCUGCGUUCUCACUGCCUGUGAGGAAUCUCCACAUUACAUCUAAAAACAAAUGUGGAUUUACUCUAUUCAGUAAUUUCAAGUGGAUUUUUUCAUAUUUGCUCAAUGCCUUCAGUACAAAGGACAUCUUCCCGACAAGUGCAGCUCCUGGUUCUAGAAUGAAGGUGUUUUAAUAACAGGCUUCAAACCGCAGUCCACUUUUAAGUGAAAGGACGGAUGCAGGUGACAAAAAACAAGUGAUCGAGAGAGAGGACAGCCCCAAACAGCUUUCACACAGACCGGUGAUGACUUUCUUCAAGGGGACACUUCAAUCAGUGUUGCCAGGGAUAACAAGCUAGAGUUGACAAUUAUCUGUGCUUCUCCGAGACCAGUCCCAAAUCCCUGUCAUUCAUGUGAAGAAAAGACGGAAAUACAGGGGGCGGAGAUCGGGUUGCCUUGUGAGGAUUCGUUGGCGACCUAAGGUGUGUGUGAGUGAGAGCCCUUCCCAGACUGAUGGAGCUCCCUGCAGUGGUGCUGCUGUUCCUGGUGUAUGGUCUGGUGUCUGGAGCCCAGCAGCCCCAGGGCCAGGGGAACCGCCAGGAGAGCAACCCCCAGGCCAGGAGCCAGGGCAGAGCCCCGUCCCAGGAGUUUGAGAGCAGUGAGGAUGGCCUGGAGAGAGAGUUCCUGUAUUCUGGGCGGAGGAGCAGACGGGCCCUCGCCGACUCCCAGCAACCUGACAGGUGUUCAUACACCUUUAUCGUUCCCCAGCAGAAGGUGACAGGGGCCAUCUGUGUGAACCGCAAGGAGCCGGACGCAGUGCUGGAGAACCGCGUCAACAAGCAGGAGCUGGAGCUGCUGAACGGGGAGCUGCAGAAGCAGAAGAGGCAGAUCGAGACGCUGCAGCAGCUAGUGGAGGUGGACGGAGGCAUCGUCAACGAGGUCAAGCUGCUGAGGAAGGAGAGCAGGAACAUGAACUCCAGGGUGACCCAGCUCUACAUGCAGCUGCUACACGAGAUCAUCAGGAAGAGGGACAACGCCCUGGAGCUGUCCCAGAUGGAGAACCGCAUCCUCAACCAGACCUCGGAGAUGCAGCAGCUCACUAACCGCUACAAGGACCUGGAGCACAAGUACCAGCACCUGGCCUCUCUGGCCAAUAACCAGUCGGUCCUCAUCGCCCUGCUGGAGGAGCAGUGCCAGGGUCGGCCSGUCAGCCMCCCUCGCCCWGUYCCYGUMCCCCAGCCMAGGCCWCARCCCCCACCCCCACCYGCACCAUCACCACCCAUCAACAAGCCCUACCAACCUCCCACCGACCCACGCCUCACCAACCAGAUAACCAACGAGAUUCAGAGUGACCAGAAGUCUGUGCUGCCUGUCCUUCCUACCAUGCCCAGUGGCACAGGCAGCCCUUCUACCACCAACAAACCCUCUGGGCCAUGGAAGGACUGCCUGCAGGCCCUGGAGGAUGGCCACACGGCUAGUGGCAUGUACCUAGUGAAGCCAGAGAACGCCAACAGACUGAUGCAGGUGUGGUGUGACCAGAGACACGACCCUGGUGGCUGGACUGUCAUCCAGAGGAGGCUGGAUGGAUCAGUCAACUUCUUCAGGAACUGGGAGACUUACAAGCAAGGCUUUGGAAACAUAGAUGGAGAGUAUUGGCUGGGCCUGGAGAACAUCUACUGGCUGACCAACCAGGGGAACUACAAGCUGCUGGUGACUCUGGAGGACUGGUCUGGUAGGAAGGUGUUUGCAGAGUACGCCAGCUUCAGGCUGGAACCUGAGGCAGACUUCUACAAACUCAGGGUGGGCCGCUACCAUGGCAAUGCCGGAGACUCCCUCACCUGGCACAAYGGCAAACAGUUCACUACGUUGGACAGAGACCAUGAUGUGUAUACAGGUAACUGUGCCCACUACCAGAAGGGAGGCUGGUGGUACAAUGCAUGUGCCCAUUCUAACCUCAAUGGAGUAUGGUACAGAGGUGGACACUACCGCAGUCGCUACCAAGAUGGAGUCUACUGGGCUGAAUUCAGAGGAGGGGCCUACUCCCUGAAGAAAGUAUCUAUGAUGAUAAGACCGAACCCAAACACCUUUCAUUAAGUAUCCAUGGCAAAACUAUUUCCUUUCCACGAACUUAAAUUCAAACAGCUCUUGAACUCUGAUACAAUGGAACCUCACACAACCAGAUCAAGAGGACGAUGACAUAGAAAGUGCAAUAUCUAAGCCUUGGAAAAGCAAUAAAGGAGAAGCAUCAUGCUGCUUCAAAGUCCCUUAGUAAACAAACAAAAAAAGUGUUUGACCAGAUACAAUGCAUUUUCACAGUAAACAACAGCUUAUAGGGAAAAGCAUUCAAAAUGUAUGGCACUUACACAAAUAAUUGAUGAUUGGCUGAGAGAAAUUGAUAAUAAAAAGAUUG